AUGGAGGGCGGGGUGUGGGAGGAAGGGCCGGAGAAAUGCGCGGGUGCGUCAGCGCACGCUAUCAGCGGAUGCAGAUAUCGCAAGGUUGCUGCGUCCACGUGCUGUCCAGUGUUUUCCGUUUACGACCUUCGAUUUGAUUUCGUGCAUGUUUAUAAGAAUAUAGUUACCGAGCGGAGCAUAGGUGUCGUCGCUCACGGAGCGCGAGGGCACGCUCGCGGUCGUCUCAAGAUCAAGGUCGUGUGGCAGACGCGCGGCAAGGUCACCUGCGCACCCCGCCGCCCGCCGCCCGCCGUCCGCCCC